UAUGUGCAGUUAAAAACAAUGAUUUGAGACGAGCUCUAUGAUAACGGAGCUUAAUGCAUGUGCGUAAAGUGUCGUCUCAGAUUAGCGACUUAUUUCGAUGGAAAUAUUCAAAUUUGAUGUUGGACACAUCAUAAUUUUGAAAAUAAUUAAUGUCUGUCAAUAAUUCGGCUAUUACGCACUUUUGAUUAAAAACAACUUUCGCUUUCGUGCUUCUCCGCAGCUCAACUGGUGAUGUGAUCAAAUCGGGAAAUCCGGUCAUGGCUAUUUUAGUACUACUUUCAUUUUCAGUGUUACGUAUAAAAAACAGUUAUUGCUGGUUAAAUAAUGUUAACUUGUUUCAGGAUUUGUCGAAUCUACAUCAUCGCUUCACUGAUAGCUUCAUAUAGAGCUACGCGAUGUCUUUGGAAGUAUCAACGAUGCGGUCAAGUUUGACGACAUUUUCGUCAUUGCUUAACCUCGACCCGGAUAUACAAACAUCAGUGGAUAAGAUGGUAUCGCAAGGGCGAGAAUGUUUGAACAGUUACGAGUCCACCAUCACAAAAGAAGGGGGCGCGAUUCUUGUUCAGAAGGAGCUCAUUUUGGCAGCGAAAAGUGCAGGGGAUGUCAAUGUUCAAAGAAUGCAAUCAGCUUUAGACGGCAUUACCGUAAAAAUGCGGGCCGUUCGCGACGCGUCACUUGCGCUGCAAACAGAUGUUCACUCAAACAUCGAAUCGUGUCGAGGACGUAAACAAACGCACGAAACUACCAUCGCUACGGACCAGCUAACCCUGAAUGCCAUACGGGUGGAAAUUCAGGGGAUAAACACCAAGAUCGCGACGUUUGAGGCGGACAUUGUCAGUAUGGACAAUGACGCGGGGACGCUGGAGAACCGGGCGGGCGACAUAGACCGCGCCAGACGCCGGAAGAAGGAGCGUGGCUUCUGGGGAGCGGUUACCACAAUCGCUGGAAUAGGUCUCGCGCCAUUUACAGGUGGUCUUAGUCUCGGCCUAGCCGCAGUGGGAGGCGUCUAUGCGGGCAAAAAUUUUGAAGACGCUGACAGCUGCCGACAGGCUGCUCGUGAUUUACGAGCAAUAGCUCAAACCAGGCGGAGUGAUGCCCAGAGACUUCGAGAACAAAACGCAGCAGCGGCGGGAAGAACAUCCGCCCUGGAACUGGAAAUCCAAGGACUCCAGUCGAAAAAAGCACAACUAGAAAGUACCAUACUCGCCCUUCAGCAGAUGACGUUUGGCUUGACAAACCUUGUUAAGUACAUCGAUAUCGCCCUAAACGUGUUCCAGACAAUGGAUACUACAUUCAAAGAUGUCAGUCUUCACUCGGAUUCGUUCCCCAUUAUACAAAACGCCUUGAAAAGACACCCUGACCGCUUCGCCGAUAGGGCACAGACUAUGCUGGAAGAACUGCAGGGAAAAUGGUCGAACAUGGAAGUCGUGUUAGUUGCGAACGGAGCGCGAGCUAUAUUGACCUGAGACCAUAGCGCAAUCAACUGCUAAAUAUCAAUGCGUUUUUUAUAUUAAAACACUUUGAGACACCGGUGACUUUUUGUUUGCUUUUUGCGUUCUCAGAAUUUUGCACUUUUAUUUCAAUUUAUGAUACAUUUUCUUUUAAAAUUUGGUGGCUCAUAUAUUGCAAUGAUGGUUGUUAAGUAUAUUAUAUUCUUCAGACAUAUUUUUUCCCAUGUGUAUUCAAAGGUAUUCACUACUUGUAUUAUGUAUAUAUAUAUAUGUAUACUUAUGCUUAUUAUGCGUGUUGAUUAAUAAAUAUAAAAUGUGA